AUGCGAACAAUGGAGCAAGCCUAUGACUAUGGCACCUUUAGUGAAUGGGAAGACGACGACUUCUAUGAAUGGACCACUGCCCUGUUUGACGAGGACACAACAACAGUGUUGAAGCAACAAAAGGUGGACGCCGAAGUGUUCUGUAUCCUUUCAGAUGAUGACCUCAAAGAACUUCACGUCGCAUUGGGAACAAGGAGGAAGAUUGGCCAGGUCCAAACAAUGAUCAAGAAGGCGAUGGGUGACCAUCAGGUGAUGAGCAACCCAGAUAUAUACACCCCCGUCAAGCGUGCAGAGGUCAACUACAAGAAUCAACUACCGACGGAGAAAACCAUAGCAAUCAGUUCGUUAACUAGCACUCAUAUGCACAGUCAGGGAAAAACUGGUUUGCUCGAUCUCGAUACGACCAACUUCAUCCCUGACACUGAUGACCAUGUCGAUCUCUGA